GGAACAUGAAGUCUCUUCCUGGAAUGCCAAAUCCUGGGAGCGAUUCAGACGGAGCAGACCAAGUUCACGACCAGAGGAUUGUGAUUUCAAACAAACUUGUCACCAAAGCUGAUUGCAUCGACAGCAAAGAUCAAUCAUGGUAGAACCUUGAGUUCAUUUAAGAAUCCUGAGGCAUGGAAUGGAAUAUAGCCUUAAUUCUAUCUGAAGACUUAGCUUAUAAAGACUUUGAAUACAAUCCCUCUGGUCUUCCCUUUGCAGGUUUAUCACCACUCAGAUCCCAACAGAUUUGACAAUUCAAGUUCAAGAGAUCACCUUUAAUGUUCAUAAGUGCAUCAGCUCAUUCUAGUUGCUCAAUAAUGAAUGAAGAUGUUAGAGAGCUUCUCACCUCCAUCUUUCUUGAAACAGUAUACAUUAAUCUCAAAAUGUGGCUACAUAGGCAGAAUGGAACUUCAAUCUUCAAUCACAACCCAGGGAGGAUAUGACCUAAAACUCGAAAACUUCCCAGGUGGAUUGGAAACAUUCGAAACGGUUCUCAAAUACUGUUAUGGUUUACCAGUAGACCUGAACUCAAGCAAUGUAGCCCCAUUAAGAUGUGCAUCAGAAUUUUUGGAGAUGACAGAGGAAUUUGAAGAUGGAAACCUUAUAUCCAAGACAGAGUCCUUCCUCACAUUUGUAGUCCUUUUAUCAUGGAAAGAGUCACUGGUUGUUCUCAAAACUUGUGAGAGUCUCUCGCCAUGGGCUGAAAAUCUACAAAUUGUGAGACGAUGCUGUGACUCGAUAGCUCGUAAACUCUCCAGAGAGAACAUAGUAGGAGAUACGGUCAGUGAGGAGGGGUGGUGGUUAAAUGAUAUAACUACACUUUGCAUAGACUAUUUCACAAGAAUUAUAACUGCAAUACGAGCCAAAGGUCUAAUAAAGCCAGAGAUUAUAGGUCAAAGCAUUGAGCAGUAUGCAAGGAAGUGGUUACCAGGCAUCGAAAUGGAACCCGGACUCCGAGAACAUACACAGGAUAAAAGUGACCUACAAGUAAGUAUUUUGAGUGGUAGGAAAGAUGAACUGGGAAUUGUACACAGCAAAGAACAUAAAGCUACUAUUGAAAGCCUACUAAGCAUACUUCCUCCUCAAAGAGAAGCAGUUUCGUGCAAGUUCUUGUUGCAGAUGCUAAAGAUGGCGAGGCUGUAUUCUGCAUCAGCAGCUUUGAUUUCAGAACUAGAGAAAAGAAUAGGAAUGGUGUUGGAGGAUGCCAACGUGAUUGAUAUUUUAAUUCCUAACUGUACAAAUAUUGACCAAGGGAACUUGCCAAAUACACAAGAAGAACGCACAAUGCAUGACAUAGAAGUAGUGCAAAGGCUCCUAGAAUAUUAUUCACUGUUUGAACAGCAACAGCAGCAACAUAGAAUUGGAAAUUCUAAUGUUUGUAAACUCAUAGACAAUUACCUAGCUGAACUUGCAAGAGAUCCAAAUCUCUCCAUCACCAAGUUUCAAACAUUAGCCAACUCACUGUCAGAAAAUGCAAGGCAUUGUCAUGAUGGAUUAUACAGAGCCAUCGACACCUACCUCAAGACUCAUCCUUUACUAUCUGAGCAUGAUCGGAGAAAGCUAUGCAAAAUCAUGAACUGUGAGAAACUAUCACUUGAUGCGUGUGUGCAUGCUGCACAAAAUGAUCGACUGCCUCUAAGAACUAUAGUUCAGGUUCUGUUCUCAGAGCAAGUGAAGAUGAGGUCAGCGAUGCAAGAGAAGGAGAAAGCACCUAGUAGUGACUCAGAUCAAGAUGGAAACCAUUUAUCAACAGAUAGAGAGAUUAAAAACCUCAAGACAGAACUUGAGAGCGUGAAGGCACAGAUGGCAGAGUUGCAGAGUGACUACUCAGAACUGCAACAAGAGUAUGAAAAACUAAGCAACAAGCAGAAAAAUAUAACAAGUUGGGGACUUGGUUGGAAGAAAAUAAAGAAUUCCUUCCACACAAGAGUUGAUGGAGAUGAACCUGCCCAUCGGAGACCCAGCCGGACUAGUUCUCGAAUGAGCUUAAGACGUAGAUUAUCAAUCACCUGAAGUAUUGGAAUAUCAGAAUACUCAAAAAGAUAAAGGAUUCAAAGAAUUUGCUAUUCUACUUCACUUGUGCAUGAUUGUCUUGUAGGUGUAUAGAGUUGCAACUCCAAGUCUUUUGUACUGUUCAUCUUGCAGAAUGCAGACUAUUAUAUCUUUUUUCCCCCA